UUUUAAAACCAAAAUUAACAUUUUAUUUUAAAACCAGAAUUUCAACAAUCGCAGGAAAGAAAAUGGCCGCUAUGGCCGUCGGCUGGAGAAGAGAGCGAAUUUUAGAACCCUCUUAACGAAGCCACAGCCGCACAAAGGGGUUUUUAAACCCUAACCCUUACACAGCCCCUACCCUCUCUUCCAAGACCAACUACCGCCGGAGUUUCCGGCCCGUAAUGGCGGUUUAAGCUCCACUUCCGGAAAUAAUGGUAGCUAUUUCUAUCGGCCGAAAGAGAAAGCAGAUUCCAAAAAAAAAAAAACCCUUGACGUAAACCAUCGCCGCCCGGCCUCCGAUCGAAAGCCGACUUCCAGCGAGAUUUCCGGCGAUUCACGGUGAUCUUUACCUGCUGCUACGAUGGAAGGCAGCGGCCAUGGAGUCCAGAGGUCAUCGCUGCCGAUGAAGGGGGUCCUGGAUCCCAAGCCAGAAAACAGAGACGAGGGAGACAGAGAAGCUGGAAGUAAUCGAAAACCCGCGGACCAUCUCCGGCAACGGCAUGAGGCCUUAACAGCACCCCUUUUGAAACGUUUGUAUUGCCUACUGUUGCAAAUGUCUUUGGAUUCAUCAUUCUAUCAAUGCAACUAUGGAGAUGCAUUUUCUAUGGCUACCUGGAACUGCUGGUUUGCUGUAAAAAUAAUGUUCAGAGAUAUUACUAAUCUUUCUGAUGCACUUUUCAAAGAACUGCUUGGACAGUAUGAACAGUUAUUGAUGGGCUCUGAUCCCUCAACAAUUGCAUCUAAACAAGCCGGUCAGCAUUCGGAUGCCUUCAUCCCUCUGGAAGAAUUCCCUUUACUGUUAAGAUGUUGCAUGGUUAUUUUGCAGUUUCUAGAGUUUGAUCAAAGUCUUGUUUUGGAGAAAUGUGGAGUUCUCGUCACAAUUCUUAAAAGAAUAUGUUCUUCAGAUUUAAGGUUGCACGUUCCUUGUCACAAGAUGCAAAAAGGAAAAAGUAUCAUUAACUUCAGAAGUUCAGUUUCUCAUGAAUACAUGUAUGCUCCUGAUGGUUCCAUUAGUUCUACUUUGGAGGUACUGGAUGGUUCCAUGUGUUUAGCUGAACCUGGUUCUCGAUCUCCCUUUUUGUGCUCAAUACUUGAGGUCUUCGUAGAUGAACUUGUGGUGCAUCAACAAUUAAGGGAUCAUUUUAUUGGAGUAGAUAAUGUUUUGUCUGCAAGGGAGAAGGCAUUUGUAAGUCACGGUGGUCAUGGUGAUGUUGUGCUGGAGGUGAUUUCUGCUCAUUUUCUUCUGUCAGUUUCUGAUGAGUGGGCUUUUGAGAAAUUCCCACACACACUAUUUUGGUCCCAUGGAAGGGAUCUCGUGAUUCCUCAACUAAGUUUGACUGCAGCUAUGACAUUUCUUGGGAACCCAGUUGUGACUACAGCACCGCAAAUAUUCCAAGCGCAUCUGAUUUCGAUGGUUUCAAGAUGCAUUGGCAUCUGCAUGGCUCCUAACCACAGGCAAUUAUAUCCGUUACUGUUGAGUAACUACAUGUCAGCAUUUGAACAAUCAGUCAACCUGUACAACAGGCAAAUGUUGCAAAAGGGUGACCAUCCUAUUGGAGUCAAAAGUGGAUCAGAUUGGGUUAUGGAGCCAUGUGUAUUGGGGGAUGGAACCCAUACAACUUUUGAGUCUUAUGUUGGACCGGUUACAUAUGCUGAAAUUAAUCUUCAAAUCGAUAAGUUGGGUAAUACAUGCUGUCCAUAUUUUGGCAAUGCACUCUCUAGAACCAAGUCUGAUCUAGUGAGUGACUCUAUGACAUACAUCAAAGAGAACCAAUAUGUUUUGGAUGAGACGUGCAGAGAUGAAAUAUGUUCAAUUCUGAAUUGCAUAAUAGAGAGGACUCUUUCUGAGGAAAUUGAGGUGCACACACUCCAUAAUAAUGGAGAUAUAAGUCAGCAUGAAAUAUAUCUUCUGGCUUCUUUACUGAAGUUAAUGAGUUGUUCACUGUUGCAAAUUGUAUGGUUUAUGAGGAACAGAGCAAGUUUGGGUUGCUUAAAAACUCUAAAAGAUUUAUCUCUCUGUGGGGAAUAUGAUUUUAUAAUCGGCAUUGUUAGUUGUUUUGGGCGAUAUCAUGCAAAUAAGCCAAUUCAGAAGAUCUUACAUGAUGUUAUGGAAACAUAUCCUGCAAGGCAUAAGGUGACCAAGUUGAUGCUGAUGCAUUUUGCAGGCUUGCUAUCAUUUAGUUUUGAUAGAGGACCUGAGUUCUUAUGGAAGGGAUGCCUUUUUAUGUUGAUGACAUUGAUGAAUCUUCUUAUCUUUGAAGAGGGUAACUUAGAUGCAUUGAAGUCAUUGCUUGGUUGUAUGGAGAAGCCUUCGUUUCCUGCAUCUCGUGCAGCUAAAAUCCCGGAGGGUCGGACUUACCGAAGGUCAAGUCAAGUAGUUGCCUUGAACUUGCAAAAGACGAAAAUGCUCUACACAAGGGAGAGGUGCAAAUCUUUGACAUAUGACAUCAAAAGUGUGGACACUUCUGUGAGUAACUUAGCAGAAACACAAGAUGACCGAUCAGAAACUAAAGAAAAUGCCCUAUGCAUUAUGAAUGUAGAGCAGCAUGACCUCUGGAUAGAAGAGGCGGACGAUACCUGCAAUGGAGAAACUUUCCUCAAGUGUUUUAGUGCGCCAUCUGAUUAUGAUGCAGAUUUGGCCGACUUCAUCAUUUGCAAACGCGGAAAGGAUUAUUCCAGUUGGUUGAAGCAGAAAGAAAGGUUUAGGACAUGGAAGUUUAGAGCACGGGCAGUUAUGUUGCGUGAAAGAAAGAAAAGGUCAUGGAACUAUAUUAAAGGUUUGAGUAGCAGGUGCCAACAUCGUAGGUAAGGUUUUCCGGGGAUUUCUUUCUUUUUUUUUUUCCUGCGGUUUUCUGUAAAAAGGUAAGGCCCACUUAACCUGUGCUGUAGCUGUGAUAUCUUCUAUGUGAAUAAAUCAAAUGCCCUCUCGAGUAAUGGAAUAUUUCAUGCCCUCCGUAUUUGUACCA